AGAUAUUGCAUUAUCAGAACGAAAGGUUACUGAUCCAAGGAGCCAUCCCAAAAAUUGCUAGUGCUUUACACUCAAUCGUGACAAAGACAAAAGACAGGAACUUUCAAGAAAGAUGCAAGCACAAAACUGAGGUCAGCGAUCUAGAGGAAUUACCGAAGAAAGUUGAGGACAAAUUAUGGGAAAUAGCUAGUUGCAGGCUUGGGACUUCGCUUUCUCUAAAUCACGAUGAAAAACUUGAUCAAGUUGUCCCACAGAACCAUGACAACCAAAUAAUUGGAAACAAACUAAAAGAACAAGCCUCGAAAAAGCGAGAGUGCAAAGCUAGUUGUUUACAUGAGAUUCAUGCAUGCAGUGAUUUGGUAUCUUUGAAUAUUGACUACUGUGACAAACCUCAUGGUGAUGACUUUUACAAGGAAGAACAACRAAGAAAUGAAAAGUUCAAUAAAACCUCUCACAUCUUAAACACAUGUGAUACACCAAGAUUAACUCAAACCAAAGCUAUUAACUAUGUCCAAACUGAGCAUUCUCCCAUUUAUAGUCUACAUGGCACAAGACAAAGUGAAGUAUAUUGUGAUGAAGAUGAUUGGCUAAGUCAGUUUACACAGGAUUGCUACUGGUUAAAUAAAACUCUUCAAGCUGAUACAGCACAUGUGAAAUCUUUACCUGCUAAAAUAGACCUGGUUCAACCAAUAGACAAUAAUGGAAGUACACUAACUAAAGAAACACAAAAUGGAUUGUUAUGCCUAAAUUUGUAUCCURCAGAAAAUGAUAGAGAGGAUGCAUUAACAGGCAAAAAUAGUGAGGCAGCAUGUACAUCACCUACAAAAAUUCAAGAAACAUUUUAUGUAAAUAACUAUUCCAGCCCGAAAGGAUCUCCAAUCGAAAAAAACUUGAAUGGUGAUAUCCAAGUAGAAACUAUGCAUGCAGCUAGGAUGACUACUAARAAUCAUGAAUAUUGUAACAUGACAAAAAAGAUACCAAAUGAGUGUGGACUGUCAUUACAAGACAGAAAGACUUUGAUAGAUGAUUUUGAUGCGUUAGAGGAUCUUUUUGAUGGUUAAUUYAUUAUUUGAUUUUAUUGGAUUAUCCAGCUUCUAGCUCCACUUUUGAUUAUGACUUUAUAGCAAAAGAUUGAUUGAAUGCUAUAAACAAUGUGAAGAUGACAUGCGUCACUUCAUUUAUGAAUAGAAAAUGUCGCUUGAUCAAAAUACACCCAGUGAAGAUUGCGUUACAGCGUUACCAAAGAAGCCUGAAAUUAGCAUAUUGUCAGUAAAGUCACGCUUGAACACGUAGGUGAUGACGUCUGUGGUAAUUUCAGCUCGAUUGAAAUUCAAAUUCAGUAGUUGAACAUCCCGUUGGCAAAUAUUGUGAGGCUUUAGAAAGUGUUCAAACUUUUAAACGUUUCUUCAGUUUGACUGAUAUGAUUUUGGAAGCUACAGUGCCCUGCAAAUCUUGAUGUGUAGUCAAAGGAAAAUCUAAGUUCAUCCCGAUCUAGUAGACCAUGAUCUGCGAAUUGUUAUUGGAAUGCCACGACUUAUAAAUAUAGGUUGAUUAAAGCAAGAAUCAUGGGAUUCGGGUACAUACCCGCUUUGUCGUUUCUUGGUUUAAUUUUAAUUCUUCUUCUUGGACUGUUGGCCAUGUACUAUUGCCUUUCCAAGGACCUCUGUCCUUGYGCACAGACCGAGCAAAACAAAGCUGGUUAUGAAGAACUUCAAAUAGGCGAAGAAAACGAGGGAAUGGAUGACUAUGAGGACUCGGUUAUACAAAAACGAAAGUCUUAUCCACAGUCGCCUCAAGUUAGUCAUAAAGAAGGCUCGCAUCGGUCGCCACAAAGUGAAAGGGGUGCAUAUACUUCUGAUGGUGAAGUUGAUAGCAAAAAAAGUUUACCAAGGCCCGCUGUGUCAGCGUAUGGUGAUAUUCAGGGUACUAAUUACCUUGCAUUACAGGACUUAACCGAUGGAGGCUCAAUAAGGAGUACGGGAACUGCUAAAGGUAGCACUGCAAAUGCAGUGUACAUGGGAAAGGUAUUUCUUAUGGCAGAAUUUUUCCCUGAUGUUGGACGAGUAGGAUUUUCGAUUGUCGAAGCACAAGAUAUUCCUCCUAAAAGCAAGGGGGGUGCCAGCCAUGCCAAGUUUCACGUUGUCCUUCUCCCGGACAAAAAGCAGCGGUUUAAAACCAAGUCAGUUAAAACACCGAAUCCUGUAUUCAAAGAGACAUAUGUAUUUGAUCGACUCACAAGAGAAGAUUUAUUUAGACUCGCAGUGCGUAUGCGUUUGUAUGGACAGAGCGCCGUCUCCAAGGAAAAAUUUAUUGGUGAAGUGAGUGUUCAGUUGGCUGACUUAGCUCAUGCACAGAAUCAUCGACUAGAAWCAUGGAGAGAUAUCCUGCGUCCGGCCACUCCGGGGUCCAUGACGCCAUGACGAAAACACUAUAAUAACUUGCCAGUGGUGUCGCUAAAACUGUAAACAAUGAUUUACAGAAAACAAAGAAUAUUUAAUUCAAACACUUUGAUUAUAUGCACCGAUUAAGAGRCGAAUAACGACCCUGAUUAACUGAUAUCAAAUACAAAUAAUACGAUAAGUAAUGUAACUCACGUUUUAAUCAGUGAAGGUAGCUUUCAAUCGGUUAGGUUGGCUUAUGGAAACUUCCGAUAGCAGGGAAUGCUCGAAACGUAAGUGGCUUUUUUGCAACACGAACGCGCAUAGGCAAGAGCAAGCGUCCCUUGUAUUUAGUUAUAAUGUAUGAUAGAAUUUAGAUAAAAUUUAUGAUAAAAUUUAGUGUAAUGUAUGRUAGCUCUAUUUUUGUAUGGUUUACUUGUAAUAAACAUCAUUACAUACAUUACUAAGUAUCGUUACUGAACGUUGUCUUCCCAAAGACCACAAUGUAUGUUAUGUUUAUCAUUUA